CUCAUGAAACACAAGAGAGUGAAUCUAGUAUCUCAGUAUCGUAAACAAUAUGUGUACUGGAAGGAUUUUCUUUGGUCUCGCUCUUUUCAUUUCUUCCCAAUCGGAAGAGCUAUUCGGGGCCCAUUCCGAUACUGCUGACAUCAUAUCCGACCUUUCUCGGAGACUGGAAAACCUGGAAUAUCUACGGACAAAAGACACGCUGGAAGCCCAACGCCGAGAGGAAGAACUUCUGUCCCGUAUCCAAGCAACCGAAGAUAAUGAACGACGAAUUCGCGACCUGGAGCAGUUAACUUCCGGACAGUUUCACGAGAUUGCGUCACUGAAGAACCAUCUAGAACAUCUAUCCCGUGGGGAUGUGGUGUCCGCAGAAAAGAAUCCCGGAAAUUCUAGUUAUUCACAGUUGGACAGACUGUCAAGAGCAGGCGUGCAUUUCCCGCCUGUUGCGUUCUACGCCUACAGCUCUACCACUCUCCGUUACUUGACACGUAGAAUGUUACCCUACGAUACCGUCAUCACCAACGUCGGGAACGGCUACAACAAAUAUACCGGGGCCUUCACGUGCUCUGUACCGGGCGUGUACUUCUUCACGUGGGAUAUUUACGUAGGGGGUGGCGUAGGGUAUCACGUCGACACGGAGCUCCAACGAAACGGACAAGCAGUGGCUUUCGCGAAGGCGGGGACCACAACCUACCUUGCAAUGACUGGAUCCAGUUCGGCCAUAUUACAGCUCGUGGCCGGAGACACGGUCUGGGUAAAAGUGUCCGAAGAGACAAACGACCAAACUGUAUUGUAUAACAACAAAACCAAAUUCUCGGGGUUCUUAAUUCAAUAAAAUAA